CUACACAGUGCAAGCAUGGCUUUCGCCCAGUCGCACAUUAUGGCAGCUAGAAGGCAUCAGCACAGUAGACUCAUAAUUGAAGUGGAUGAGUACAGCUCCAACCCCACACAGGCUUUCACGUUCUACAACAUUAACCAGGGACGUUUUCAGCCCCCACAUGUGCAAAUGGUUGAUCCAGUGCCCCAUGAUGCUCCCAAACCUCCAGGAUAUACAAGAUUUGUCUGUAUUUCUGAUACUCACUCAAGAACUGAUCCCAUCCAAAUGCCAUAUGGAGAUGUGUUAAUACAUGCUGGUGAUUUUACUGAGCUGGGACUUCCUAGUGAAGUAAAAAAAUUCAACGAGUGGCUAGGUAGCCUGCCCUAUGAAUACAAGAUUGUGAUAGCAGGAAAUCAUGAAUUGACCUUUGACCAGGAAUUCAUGGCUGACUUAAUCAAGCAGGACUUUUACUAUUUCCCCUCUGUUUCUAAGCUGAAGCCAGAGAGCUAUGAAAAUGUACAGUCUCUUCUAACAAACUGCAUCUAUCUUCAAGACUCUGAAGUGACGGUGAGGGGAUUCAGAAUAUAUGGCUCCCCUUGGCAACCUUGGUUUUAUGGCUGGGGCUUUAAUCUUCCACGAGGCCAAGCACUAUUAGAGAAAUGGAACCUUAUUCCAGAUGGAAUAGAUAUUCUUAUAACACAUGGACCACCUCUCGGUUUUCUAGACUGGGUUCCUAAGAAAAUGCAGCGGGUAGGAUGUGUUGAGCUGCUGAACACAGUCCAGAGACGAAUACAGCCAAGGCUUCAUGUUUUUGGACAUAUCCAUGAAGGUUAUGGUGUCAUGGCUGAUGGAACGACUACCUAUGUGAAUGCAUCUGUGUGCACUGUGAAUUACCAGCCACUUAAUCCACCUAUAGUUAUUGACUUACCUACUCCAAGGAACACAUGA